AUUGCAGUAUUUUUGGCAUUUACCAACACCGACUCGUUUUUCGCCAAGCGUCUGCUAGAUUUUACUAUUUUUUUCCAUAAUUAUCAAAGAACUACCAUUUUGCCGCGACCGAAAAGCAAUUAAUACCGAAGCUAACCACCCAACAGAGCAGCCCUCAACGGAAAGUUGAGCCAAAUAACGGUAAUACAAGAGAUAAACACGGAAAACAGCGAGCGGCGGUUGUGAGGCGACGCCGAAUCUAAUACAGGAAACGAGGAUUUAAGUGGUUUGUCAGUCAGAUGUCGCGCAGCGUGAGAGCGGAGACCAGGAGCCGGGCCAAGGAUGACAUCAAGCGGGUCAUGCAGGCGGUGGACAAGGUGCGGCACUGGGAAAAGAAAUGGGUCACCAUCAGCGACACCACCAUGAAGAUCUACAAAUGGGUGCCCAUCUCAUCGGCCAGCGAAAAGAAAUCAAAGCUCCAGCAGCUAUCCGGUGGCGCCGGUGCCGGCGUCAAUGUAUCCGGAGGCGGUGGUGGUGGCGGUGUCGGGGGAGGCGGUGGUGGCGGGAAGCUGAGCGACAAGGAGAACUCCCAAAAGGGCACACCCACACCGCCACAAAUCACGCCCAGCUACGCGGGACUCACUGCCGAGGAUUCAAACACCUGUUUCUCCGUCGUAUCGGACAGCCAAGGCGCCGACUUUGUGUCCAGUAUGCCCUUCUCGGAGGACUCGAACUCGCAGGGCAGCGACGGGCCGGUGAAGCGCCUGAAGACGAGCGAUUAGCCCCAGAUGCCCGGCAGACGCCUUAGCAGCGCCUACUGCAGCAGCAGCAGCAACUAACUAACUAAUAGUCGCCACAAAUACACAACUAAGUUAAGGAUUCUUGUUGGCAACAACAACAACAACAACAACGAUAGAAACACACACCAGAUCGUGACCAGAUCAGAUCGCGAGUAUCUGCCUCAGCCCAAGACUUAAGCAAUUCUCCUAGAAAUCUAAAGAUAAUGCAGCUGGCCCCGCCCCUUUAGCCCUUUUCCCGCCUGCCUCUCAGAUCACCAACCAUUAUGUAUU